AGCGAAUGUUAACCUUCUUGGAAAUCUUACAGCAUGUGCUGCGGCCUCUCAGCCAGGCUGAGGCGGGGACUUCUCCUUCACUGGCCCAGGAGUGUCAACACACAGAAGAUCGAGAUGGUCCUGAGUGGGGCGCUGUGCUUCCGAAUGAAGGAUGCGGCACUGAAGGUGCUUUAUCUGCAAGAUAACCAGCUUCAAGCCGGAGCGCUGCAAGCAGGGAAGGUCAUUAAAGGUGAGGAGAUCAGCGUGGUCCCCAAUCGGUAUCUGGAUGCCGAGCUCUCUCCAGUCAUCCUGGGCGUCCAGGGUGGGAGCCAGUGCCUGUCGUGUGGGAUGGAGCAGGAACCGACUCUGAAACUAGAGCCAGUGAACAUCAUGGAGCUCUACCACAGUGCCGAGGAGGCCAAGAGAUUCACCUUCUACCGGUGGGAUACGGGGCUCACCUCUAGCUUCGAGGUGGCCGCCUACCCGGGCUGGUUUCUCUGCACCAUGCCUGAAGUGGACCAGCCUCUCCGGGUCACUCAGCUCCCGAAGGACACCAGCUUGGACGGCCCCAUCACGGACUUCUACUUCCAGCAGUGUGACUAG